AUGGAAAAUAACCAGAAAUCUAAAAAAGAAAACGUAGUGCCACAUAAGAUUAAUGAUAGUGAUGAUGUUUUGCUUGAGGUUGUAGAUUCAGAGGACGAAAUCCUUUCUGAUUCAAGUGAUAUAGUAAUUGUAGAAAGUACCAAGACAGCCAAUGGGGCUCCAAAACAUCCCAACAUAUUUGGUUCUACACCCAAUAAAAACAAUGCCAAUAGAAAAGAUAGUCUCAUAGUUAUUGAUGAUUCAAUAGACAAUAUCAAUCAGGCACACAUAAUAAAAAAACCCAAACUUGAAGAUGUAAUAGUAAUUCAAGACUCACCAUGUGAUAAAAUAAAACCCAAUAUUAUAAAAACAAGAAAGAGUUUGCCAAGAAGAGCAAAAAAUAAAAUAUUUCAAGAAAGUCUGAGGAAGAAAUCUGUUCAACCUCAGACACAAAAUACUUGCAGUAUUGAAAGUACGCAAGUUCAAAGACCAAAUAUUAAUUCUGUAGAAAGUAUCCCUUCUUUAGGAGAUUCUAGCAGCAAUAUAGGGUAUAAUGUUUAUAAUCCUGUUGUAUUCAAACAUAAGACUGGUUUGAGGCCAAUAAUUGUAGAUGGAAGCAAUGUAGCUAUGCAACAUGGAAUAGCAAUAGGAACCAGAGAUUUUUCUGUGGAAGGAAUAGAGAUAUGUAUAGAUUAUUUUGAAAAGCGAGGACACAUGGUGAAAGUUUUCAUACCCCAUUUCAGGCUUGCAUCAAAUUUUUCAUCGAAUCCCAAAAGAUUGCAAGAAUUGGAAAAUCAAGGCAAAGUUAUUUGCACUCCUUCCAGAAAAAUUAGGGGAAAAACUGUAGCUAGUUAUGAUGACAGGUACAUCAUACAAACAGCCGCUGAAUUUGAAGGUGUUAUAGUUUCAAAUGAUAAUUAUCGAGACUUAUUAUAUGAGAAUCCUGCUUGGACAAAAACAAUUGAAGAAAGACUGUUGAUGUUUACAUGGGUACAAAAUUUUUUAAUGUUUCCAAUGGAUCCUUUAGGAAGGCAUGGUCCACGUUUAGAGGCGUUCUUACGAUUUUAAUAUUUUGUUUAACAUGAUUUUGCGUAUACAUUUUUGAUACUAAAUUUUUUAGUCAAUUGAAGAUUUUUAAAAUCUUAUAUAGAUCUGAAAAUAUUUAUAUAUAUGUAAUAAAAGCGUU